AUGGACAACAUAGAAGGGGUUUUAAACGCAGUGCAAGUGGUCUUGGUAGGUACGACGAUCGCCAAUUUCCUUCUAAACACUGGUCGUCUUUCACCAGCCAUAGAGUUGUGUAAGGAAUGUUUGAGUUUACUAAACAGUCAGCCGCUUGAUAAGGAUGGACCAAUUACCCACUCAAUUCUCGUCCAACAGGGAAGGUUAAAUUUAUUACUAGCAACUACACUUUACACUCAAUCGAAGUUUGUGGAGGCCAGAAAAUUUUAUGAGAGAGCAAUAAAAAUCAUGAAAACGAAUGACGACGAACGAGGAAAAGCAAUUUGUUACGGAGGCUUAGCAAAAUUACUUUAUUCCUUUGGAGAAUAUGACAAAUGUAAAAAAUAUCUGGAGAAGGCCUGCGCGAUUAGAAAGCAAAUUGGUGACAGAGUCGGAGAAGCAGUGUAUUACAGAGAACUAGGAGGACUGUCCAUAUUGCGUGGUAACUAUGACAAGGCACAAGAAUAUAUCAAGAAAGCACUUGCCAUCAGAACACAAAUUGGUGACAGAAAGGGAGAAGGAAUGGAGCAAGGAUUCCUGGGAACAGUGUUCCAAAUGCUCGGUAAUUAUGACCAGGCGCGAAAAUAUCUCGAAAAAGCACUUGCCAUUAGACUGGAAAUUGGCGACAGAGAAGGAGAAGCAGCCGAUUACGAAAACCUUGGAACAGUGUUCCGAUCGCUUGGUAACUAUGACAAGGCACAAGAAUAUUACAAGAAAGCACUUGCUAUCACACUGGAAACUGGUGACAUAAAGGGAGAAGCGAAGAUUUACGGAAACCUAGGAACAGUGCUCCGGUUGCUUGGUGAUUAUGACCAGGCGCAAGAAUAUUACAAGAAAGCACUUGCUAUCAGACAGGAAAUUGGUGACAGAGUAGGACAAGCAGCGGAUUACAACAACCUAGGAGCAGUGUUCCAAUUUCAUGGUAAUUAUGAUCAGGCACAAGAAUAUUACAAGAAAGCACUUGCCAUAAGUCUGGAAACUGGUCUCCGACAAGGAGAAGCAGCGGUAUACGGAAACCUAGGAACAGUGUUCCAAUCGCUUGGUAAUUAUGACAAGGCGCAAGAAUAUUACAAGAAAGCACUGGCCAUCAGAAUGGAAAUUGGUGACAGAAAGGGAGAAGCAGCGAAUUACGGGUGCCUAGGAACAGUAUUUCAAUCGCUUGGUAAUUAUGCCCAGGCGCAAGAAUAUCACGAGAAAGCAAUGGCCAUCAGAAUGGAAAUUGGUGACAGAGCAGGAGAAGCAGUGGAUUACGGAAACCUAGGAACAGUGUUUCAAUCGCUUGGUAAAUAUAACAUGGCACAAGAAUAUUACAAGAAAGCACUGGCCAUCACAAUGGAAAUUAGUGACAGAAGAGGAGAAGCAGCAGAUUAUGGAUGCCUUGGAUCAGUGUUCCAAUCGCUUGGUAACUAUAAGCAGGCACAGGAAUAUUACGAGAAAGCACUGGCCAUCAGAAUGGAAAUUGGUGACAGAGCAGGAGAAGCAGUGGAUUAUGGAAAUCUAGGAACAGUGUUUCGAUCGCUUGGUAAUUAUGGCCAGGCGCAAGAAUAUUACGAGAAAGCACUAGCUAUCACACUGGAAAUUGGUGACAGAGAAGGAGAAGCAGCGGAUUACGGAAACCUAGGAACAGUGUUCCAAUCACUUGGUUAUUAUAACCAGGCGCAAGAAUAUCACGAGAAAGCACUGGCCAUCAGAAGGGAAAUUGGUGACAGAAAAGGAGAAGCAACGGAUUACGAAAACUUAGGGGGACUGUUUGCAAUACUCGGUGAACAUGACAAGGCUCAAGAAUAUCUCGAGAAAGCUCUACGUAUUAGAAAGGAACUCUGCAACAGAAAUGGAGAAGCAAGUUGUUAUGCAAACCUUGGAGCUUUGUUUCUGUCACUCGGAAAAUACCCUAAGGCAGAUAAAUAUCUAGAGCACUCAUUGGCAAUAAUGAAGGAAAUUGGCGAUAAAAAUGGAGAAGCAGAUGUUUAUGGUCAUUUUGGGAUAAUUUCUCAUCAUCUUCAUGAUUAUGAAAAAGCUCAAGAAUAUCACAAGAAAGCCCUUGCAAUCUAUGAGGAAAUUGGCGACAGAAAUGGAGAAGCAGUCGAGUACACAAAUUUAGGGAAAUGUUUCCAAUCGCUUGGCAGAUAUAAUGUGGCCGAAAAAUACAUCAACAGGGCCCUAUUAAUAAGCAAGAAUAUUGAACACAACUUGAACGAAUAUGGGUGCCUUCGUCACCUUACGGUGUUGAAACUAUCACAAUUUAAUCUCAAGGAAGCCAUGUCGUAUCUUUUUCAGUGUAUUGGGAAAUUCGACACGUUGCGAGGUUUCCUUAAAGAUAACGAUCAGUUUAAGACUUCUCUUUUAGAGAAGUACGGCAAUUUUCCUUAUAAGUUGCUCAGCAACUUGCUUUCUUCUACCGGGAAGCCAAGAGAUGCUCUUUAUGUUGAAGAGCUGAGACGGGCAAGAGGCCUCGCCGACUUCAUGGCAGCCAAGUACUCUGUAGAAGAGCUGAUCUCAGGCAAUCCACAGUCAUGGCAUGGCAUUCACAAUAUCAUCACAAAAGAAACAGACUGUACAUGUCUUUACAUUUCAAUUGGAAAAGAACAUGCACGGUACUGGAUUCUCAAAGCAUCAGGAGCCAUUCAUUUCUCACGAAAGAAAGUGAGUCUGGAGCAACGCGUGGUGACCAAAUUAGUUCCUAAUUUGGAUGAGUUUUUCACAGAAAGCUUUCGCAGCCUUGGCAUUUUACCCCAACGGAAUUGUGAAGAUCGAUCAUUAGAUGACACCGAAUCGAUGCCACCUCACUAUGCCGAUGACAAUCACGGGCUCCUGCGUGAUUAUGAUCCAAAAGAUUUCAAAACGAAUCUUCGGUCGUGUUACGAGAUAAUCAUCGCUCCCGUGGCCAGUUUACUGAAGGAGCCCGAGAUUUUAAUUGUCCCUGAAUCCUGUAUGUACCAAGUCCCAUUUGCAGCCAUCAGUGAUGAAGGAGGAACAUAUUUAGUAGAUACUUUCAGGAUCCGCGUCGUUCCCUCUCUGACGACUCUAAAGCUGAUUCGGGACAGUUCCCCCGACUAC